GGUUGCUUCUAAUUACAGCAAACCUUUAGCGCCCAUUUCUCUCUCGCCCUGCAUGAGGAAUCGUGUCUCCAAUAACUGCUUUGCCUUUCCUUUUUGGCUUUUCUCCCCUAUUGAAUUGGAGAUUCGUCUAAAAAAUGGGUUUGUACUGACAUUGCAAAAUUUGGUGAAUUUCUUGUUCUUGUCGGGGGAGAAUUUCAGACCAAAAAGGAUGAUGUUGCUGUUAACGGUGUUUGUUCUUGGAGGGGUAACGGUUCUUGCAGUGGAAGCUGUGGGAAUUGUAAUAUUGAUAUGGUGUUUUAUGAGAAGAGUUUCUCGUCAAGAAGGUAAAGGGAAAACAACUGAAGAGUCGUUGCCUUUUGCUGGGGAUAUUGAUCCCUCUUUCUUCAAGAAGCAGGGGAUAGUAUGGGUUCUAGAAUCUGAAAGAAUCCCAAAAGUUUCCAAUGGGGACAAAGCUACAAAGCAGCAAAAGGCCCAGAAAGAGAUCUUAGAGGUAAUACCUGUUCGGAAAUUUGGUAAAAUCAAGGAUCACUCUCUCAUUCUAACAGAAUCAGAUGGUUCCCGUACUGAAAUUCCACUCAAAGGUUGCAUGGUUGCGGCUGUUUCUGCUUCAAUCUUGUCCUCUAGAAAAUGGGCAAAAAAGUACCCAAUUAAAAUUGAGAGCGGAGCAUCUGCUAUAUAUAAAGGAAGUAGUAUAUUUUACAUUUACCUUGAGACGUCUUGGGAGAAGGAAUCAUGGUGCAAAGCCCUUCGUCUUGCUUCUAGCGAGGAUGAAGAAAAACUAAAAUGGUUGGCGAAGUUAAACUUAGAGUUCCGGAAUUACCUGACAAGACUAAAUGCAGGAUAUCCUUCAUUUAUGAAACCAUCUUCUAGUUUUGGUGCGGAAUUAGUUGAUAAAUCAAGCAAGCCUGAUGGUUCCUCAUCAAAAGUUCGUCAAUUUCUGAAAAAGUUUGCCAAGAAAACUAGCAAGAAUGCUCCAGAAAAUAAGGCAAGCUGCAGUUCAAAAUCAGGAUAUGAAGAACGUAAGAUGAGUGAGAAAACUCAUUUGUUCCAAGAUCUUGACUUGGCCAGUGGUGUUAUGAAGGUUGCUUCAACAAGAAAGCCUCUCGAUUUUUGCAAUGAGGAUGUUAUAGCGCCUUCGUCCAUUGUAUCCUCUACUGGCUCCGUCAUUUCUGAUGCAGAUUCUGAUGACAAGGUUUUUUGUGAUGAAGGAUCCCUUUGUUGGAAUUUGUUAAUAUCACGGUUGUUCUUUGAUGCUAAAAGAAAUGAGCAGAUGAAAAGUUCUUUGCAAGAACGGAUUCAGAGAAUGCUCUCCAAUAUUCGUAGCCCCAGUUACAUUGGUGAAGUAACCUGCGCAGCUGUUGAUGUUGGUUACCUCCCUCCCUAUAUACAUGCAAUGAGGGUUCUUCCCUCAGACAUGAACGAGGUCUGGGCUUUUGAAAUUGAUGUUCAGUACUCUGGUGGUGCAAUAUUGGAUCUCGAGACUAGGCUUGAAGUUCAGGACCUCGAUUUACAUGAAGGAGACGAUGCAAGUGUAGAUUCAAGUGCUGUUGAUGAUGUCAAAACAGACUUGUUAGAAGGUUUUGAGGACUUUGAUGAACAAUUUAAGCACUCGGACGACCACGUGGAUAAGAUGGACCAAAGAGAUGGAGCUGAUACACCAGCACGUGUUUCAAACGCGAGUAGAAGCUCUAAUGGCAUACCUAGUGGCUCACCUCCUGGAUCAAAGUGGAAAUCAAUUUUACAUUCUGUGGCCAAGCAGGUUUCACAGGUUCCACUCUCGCUGGGGAUUAGGGUUGCAUCUCUACGAGGAACAUUGAGGUUGUAUGUAAAGCCACCACCUUCAGAUCAGAUAUGGUUUGGAUUCACAUCGAUGCCAGAUAUUGACAUCCAUUUGAACUCUUCUGUUGGUGAUCGUAAGAUCUCAAGUGGACACCUUUCUUUGUUCCUAAUCAGUCGAAUUAAGGCUGCUAUUCGUGAAACUGUCGUACUUCCACACUGUGAGAAUGUAUGCAUCCCUUGGAUGAUAGCAGAAAAGGAUGACUGGGUUCCCGUAAAAGAUGCUCCAUAUAUAUGGAUUAAUAACAAAUCUGCAGGUAAUGCCAGAAAACCAGAAGCACGCAUCGACACAACCCAAAUAGCUGAAGCCGAUAGGAGAAGUAUUGCUGAAAGAGGACUUAACGGAGUUGGAUGGGGCAGCAAAAAAAGUAAGUCACUGGAUCCCCACAUAUUCUGCUCAGUUCCUAGGGGUAAGCCUAGUUUCAACAGCAGAAGCCUCACUAGUAGUCCAGAAAGAAAGCACGUAAAUCCCAGGAAACAUCACGGAGAUACACAACAAGGCAGGUUGUCAGAUCCACAGGCUUAUUUAUCAGUUCAUAAGAGCCAAUCUUCAUCAGAUUUGCAUGCCCCCUUGCUGAAGCACGAUGAACAGAGAGAGACUCAUCGCAUGAGCUCAGAGAACAGGCAUAGCAUGUCACCUUCUCAUUCACUGAGUAUGCUAGAGGAACAAAAUCAUUUUACAGAAGAUGAUAUGAAACCAAAAAGGACAGGGACAAGGGCUAGGAUGCAUGGUUUGCGGAAAAAAAUGGGAGAAAAACUUGAAGAGAAGAAGCGUCACAUAGAAGAGAAGGGGAGACACUUAGUGGAAAGGAUGAGAAGCCACAAGGAAUAUUCAUAAAUUUGCAGUUUCCUCAGUUCAGUUUGAUUGCACAAGGGAAAACAUAGGUCAGUAUUUCCAAAGGGCUAUUUUGUUAGGCUAUACACAAGUUUCAGUUGCACAAUUCAAUAGCACAUGACCAUGUGAAACAGCUUAAGGAAAGUAAGGCUCCAUACUCAGUCAUGGGGCCUGAUCCCGUUGGACAAAGUUCUCUUCUCAGUUGUAAAACUAAAGGUCAAAUCCCAAUAGGAACCCAUUUCAACCACACAUAGUCACAUACAAGUUUACUUGCUUUAAACUCCUGAUCAGAAAAAUGGUAAUGAUUCCGACUGUCCACAUUUGCUGUUAGUCGAUACAAAGAGGUCGUCAAAGAAGCACGUAACAAUGGAAAAGCAAUAUUAUCAUUUUCUUUUCAUUUA